UUCGUAUGUAAGCUUGAUCAAGAUCUCAAAGGGUGAAUACGAUUUGAUAAAUGCUACUUUCGCCAACAUAAUAAUAUGGAAUCUUGAUUGUGAUAGGAAGGUCUUGUUGAAUUCAUAAUGCAGUUUCUGUUUAUUUUUAUAGUGAUGGUCUCGCAAGCCUUUUGCGAUGAUCCUCCGGUACCUGCUGGCGAUCGCGACAAAGUCUCGCCGGCGAGGUCUAUUCGGAAUAUCUCAGCUGCUACACUGCGUGACUGUGCCAGAAUAUAUGGCAGCGGUCUUCGCGUUUGCAGUGCAGUUCACGUGGAUGAUGGCGAAAAAGGCCGUGCUGGAUGCAAUGAAAUGUUAUGUAAAUCUCUUUGUUGCAAGGCUGCCAGCACUUGCCAAAAAAGCAGCUUUCUUUCAUUGACGACCGAAGAAUGCAUUGCUUCAAACUUAGAGAAGCAAUUGAAUGGCUGUUGCGUUGUGGGCAAAUCUAAAGGCUCUACAAUGGUAUAUGCCGGUGGUGUCGUCGGUGCAAUGAUUAUCAUCAGCGGUCUCUACUUCAUCGUAUCAAUGGGAUCGGUAAAGGUGAUCAAAGGCGAAAAGCCCGUGGACAGUGACGAAAAUCAAGUAUUUUAUGAGACGAAAAUGCCGCACAUGGAAGUAAAUCAGUUAAUUGCUACUGAUGGCGAUGACGUCUUCUGGGAAGACUGAAGUGUGUAACCUUGCACC